GCUGGCUCUGGCGCUGCGCUUGGCAAUAUAUGUGGGUUGUCGCGCUGCGGAUUAGCUCCAGGCAUACGGCUCCGCAAGGCUGUGCCCAAAAAUAGCCGCGCCGUGCCGUUAACAAAGGCCUGAGUUUAAAACGCCAUCCGAGCUCCUGCUGCGCUGCGCAAGCGCAUUGGUGCCAAAAUGAACGAUUUCUUCAAGCCGCGCAAGAAGAAGGCCAAGGUCGCGCCGCCCGCGGAGGCGGAAGCGGCGCCGCCCGCGGAAGCGGCGCCAGCGCCGGCGCCCGCACCGGCCGCCGCGCCUCCGAAGCCAAAGAAGCCGCUCGCGCCCAUCUUCGCGCCCAAGAGGCGCAAGGAGCCCGCUGUCGUCGUCGUCGAGAGCGACGAGGACGAGGCCGAGGACGAACCUGAGGCGCCGCCGCCCAAGCGCGCGCGGCAGCCCGCGGCCGAGGACGACGCGGAGGAGAACGACGAGGCGCCGAAGCGCGCACGGGAGGACGAGGACGAGGAAGAAGAGGCCCCAUCAAGACCACGGCGCGCGUCAGCUAGAUUAGCGGACGCCGCGCGGCGCCGGGCCGCCAACAAUGACGACGACGAGCCCGAGUGGAGCGGCAACGACGACGAGUCUGAUGAUGAGGACGUCGAGGCGCUGCGGAAGAGGCGCCGCAAGCCCAAGAAGAAGAAGGCCGCCAUCUUCAAGACCAAGGACGAGCGUAAAGCCGAGGCCGAGGCCGCGCGGCGGAAGGCCGAGGCCCAGAAGCGCGAGGACGACGCGCGGCGCGCGGCCCAGCUGCGCUCCGUCGAGACGGCGGCGUUUGGUGGGGGGGCCUCGAACCCCUUCUUCGAGAAGCGCGCCGCGGCCAAGAAGCCAUCGCAGAAGGCGGUCUCUACGGCUCCGGAGCGCCUCGAGGCGCCCUUCGCGCCUUCAGUGCCACGCGCCGGCUCCGCUUUUAGUGAUGAGAAGGCGGACGGCCUCGCGUCCAGUAUUCUCGAGAAGCCCUUCCCGACCUUCGGUACUGAUGACGCGCCGCGGCUGCGGCCCGCGCUGCCUCUAAGCAUCCCGGCGGAAGCGACGGACGAUGUGCUAAGGACACUCGCUCGGAAAGCAAGAGCUACACAAGUGCCGCCUCCUUCGGACUCGGAGCUGAUAGGAGAAAAUUGCGUCAACGCCCGGCGCGGUUUGGUGGAGUGGCUGCGGACGCAGUGGGGCGCGGCCGGACGAGCCUCUUUAUCAGAUGACGACGCGUACUUCGACAGCGACGACGAGGCCGAGGUCCAAGGCGCUUCACUGAUCGCCGGGCCCCUCGGCUGCGGCAAGACAAGAGUAGCGCGAGAAGCGGCGCAGCAGGCUGGGUUUUCGGUGCUGACGAUGGAACUAGAUGCCUCGGCGCCCGCGAACGAGCUCCAGAAGCGCUACAAGGAAGCCACGUCGUCGCGCCGGCUCAAGGGCGCGCGCCAGUUGGUUUUAGUUGAUGACGUCGACGCUUCGAUAGUGAACGACCCGCAGCGUGCAAGGGCGUUGCGAGAUCUAGUGAAGAACGCGCGCUGCCCCGUCGUGGCGACGUGUACGGUCUCUAGGGACGCCGACGGCGCGCGGUGCGGGGUCUUGGCGACGAAGCUCGGCUGCCCGCGCUACUUCCAGCUACCCUUCUGUUCCGACGAUUCUCUCGAGUCUUUGUUGGCGGCGCGCGCACCGGGCGACGCGUGGAGUCUCGUAAGGGCGCACGUCGCGGCGUUGGCUGACGGCGACGCGCGCAAGGCCCUCGUGCUGCUCGAUGCUGCUUUGUUAGAUGACGGGCCCGCCUCUGAGGACGAGGUCGCGACGACCUCUCAUGAAGAAAUUGAGCCGUGGUGUCCCUCGCACGACGCCGAACCUCCUUCUAUAACCUCCAUCUCACCUCAAAUCGUGCCGCGAAAUGGAGGCCGCGUGCUCAUACACGUGGCGUGCUGCGACGACGGGUACGCGUUGAUUGACGGAAGGCGCGUCGCCUUCGAUCAAAUAACGCACGUCGGCGGGCGGCUCCAGGCCUUUGUGGAUAUUCCAAAGGCGCGGCCCGCCCAGCGCUUCGAGGCGAUCGUGGUCGUCCGUAGUGACGGCGCGCGGUCCGACGCGGUCGCCUUCGGCGCGCUCGUCGCCUACGAGGCCGAAGAGCCCGACGACGAGGACGAGGCGCCGCGCGGCCGGCUCCGGCGCCACGCCGGCGCGUCGGACGACGAGGACGAGGCCGUGCCCGAGAGCCCCUCGGCCAAGGAUGGUGUGGUUGCCGAGGUGUCGCCGGAGAACGCACCGUCGCCGCGCAAGAAGCCGCGGCGCCGCGUUGUUGUCGAUGAUGAUGAUGAGGAGGAGGAGGACGCGGCGGCCGACGCCGCCGACCCGCUGCCCGCGCCGGACGUGCCGGCCGCCGCGCCGGUGCCGGCCACGCCGCCCGUCGUCGUCACGCAAGCGGCCCCUAUGGAGACCGAACCCACGGUACCAGCUACACCGGCCGAGCCGGAGGCGCCUAUGGAGACCGAACCCGCGGCCCCGUCGGCGCCGUGGGCGCCGCCGCCGCGCGUACGACCGCCGUCAAGCGACGCCACCGCGCUCGCGGCGGCCGCGGCGCUCGCCGAGGCGCGGUCCGCCGUCGACGCCUUCCGCUCCGGAGACGCCGACGAGCGCCUCGUCGACGACGACGACACGCGGGCCGCGCGGCGCGCCGGCGUGCUGCGCUUCGCUACAGCGGCUCCGCGGCCGUCGACCGGCGCCGACCGCGCGGCGGCGUCUUUAGGGCUAGACCUGCUCGUCGCGGCGCCGACGCCGGCCCCGGUGCGCGAGCGCCACCGCGACGCGCUAUACGCGGCGCGCUGCGCCGUCGGCGACGAUCUGGCUCCGCCGCGGCUCGGCCCCGAGCCGGCCCUCGACUACGCGCCGGCCCUGCGGGCCAUCUUCGGCGGCGAGGCGGCGCGCGAGGCGACCUUCGCGGGCCGCCGCUUCACGCACUACCUGCGGGACGCGCGGCACUCGGCGUCGGCGCUAGCGUUCGCCUAUGCCGCGGGCGACCUCUCCUGUCCGCCGUCGUCCCACUAACUAACAACAAGCUUAUUAUAUCAAACUCGACGGUUCGCCACCGUGCCGGACGAGUAUCGCACGGGUUUCUCAACUUUUUGACAUGGCUCGCUGAGCGCUUUGCCGUCUAGUUUGUGCACUGACCACCCGUUUCAAUACCUUCGUGUAUGCGCCGCACCGGGGGAAGCGUCGCAAGCCGUGGCUCGAGAGUUUGCAAACUCAGGUCUGGCCACAACUUUUGCCAGGCUUUUGGGAUGCGCUAUCUCUUCCUCAGCGCCGUCUGCGUCGUCGCGACGGAGUCGAACGCGACCUUCGGCGCGCUCGCGGAUCGCGUCGAAUGGAGCCGCGUGAACAGCAUUGCGUCGUACGACUGGCCGGACUCGCGCCUCCGCCACUUCGCGCCGGCGGAAGCGAUGGACCUCCUGCGGGGGCGACACGUCCUGGUGCUUGGCAACAGCGUCGCGCGUCAUGUGGUCGUCGCCCUUCACAUGUUAAUUGGGGGCCGAGCGCCUGACGCACACGGCGUCCGAAUCGGCGGCCAAGCAUUACCGGAGGCCGAGGUCUCGAUAUGGCCCGGACACGGCGCCGGAUCCGCGGAAGUGGCCCCCGAAAAGGUCUACGCGUCCGGAGUGUGCAAGCGCAAACCUGGUGGCUCGCGUAUCCGCUCGUUUUGCCCGGCCUGGCUGCUCGGCUGCUCCGGCACCGACUGCUGUGUUGUAAGACGCAAGGCCUCGCGCGAAUCGAUGUUAUUGACCUACGCAUUCACGGGGACGCCGGCCGAAAUUCAGAUCCACCGAGCAUUGAAGCGUUGGGCCGGAACUCCGAGCUGCGCCGGCGCCUCGGCGCCGGACUAUGCCGUCUUGUUUCUGACCGAGGUGAAUCAUAAAGCUUUCCAGCGGCUGGCCACGCAUUCCGCCGAGCUUCGGACGCGGCACCCGCGCACGACGUUCAUUUUGGUGACGCCGCCGCACACGCAGUGCGACGACCGGACCAUCCGAAAAAGCGAGAAGCUUUGCAAGCGCGGCGAGAAUCGAUCCGCGUUAGAGGCGUACGACGCCGCGGCGGUCGAGGCCGCGACGCCGUUCGACGGGGUCGUGGCGUUGCCUAUUGGCGAGGCGACGGCGCGCGGCCUUUCCGAGGGCGCUCUGCGGCACGAGGUGACAAAUCCAUAUCACUUCCACGAUGCGGGGCGAUUAUUCGUACUGGAAAUGCUACUGAACGCGUUUGCGAUCGCGACCUCGCGACGGCCGCCCCACUAA